GUUUUGGGACCGUGGAUUGCCAAGCGACGGGCGCCGUCAAUUGCGCAAAAAUACGCUGAAAUCGGCGGUGGUUCGCCGAUUCUUCAGUGGACCGACAAGCAGGGAAAAUUGCUGUGCGAUAAGCUGGACAAAAUCUGUCCUGAAUCUGGGCCACACAAGCACUACGUGGGAUUCCGAUACACUCCUCCAUUGACGGAGCAU